CCUCCUCGGGAUCUUGGGUACAACCAUUCACCCCAUCGUUGACCUCCCACACUGACUAGCUCAGUUCUUUCUUUCUCUGUCCUAUCAGACAUCAUGCGGUCUUCAGCCUUUCUCUUCGCCCUUGCCGGCGUCGCUACGGCUACUACUCCCCUCAAAUUCAACUCCCCCAAGACCGGCCGGAAGGGUCUUCUUCUCCCUGGUACUGGCUCCCAAGCUCUCAACCUUGGCUUGACUGGUAGCUGUGAUGUUGGCAAGACUGAGUGCGGAGAUGGUUGCAUGCCAUUGACUGGCGAGUGCUGUGGUGGCAACAUUGGUUAUUGCGACCUCGGUUAUUACUGUGUCACCGAAGGCUGCUGCAAGGACGGCUCGAUCUGCUCUGGCCCCGCCUCCGGUUGCUCUGACGGCAACGAAAUCUGCGGCGACGGUUGUAUGCCCGAGGGCUCUGUCUGCUGUGACACCGGCUACUGCGACGCCGGCGAGACGUGCGGGAGCGAUGGCUACUGCUCUACCGGCAGCAGCGACUCGGGAGGCUCCUGUUAUUCCUUCCAAGAGGAGUGUGGUGAUGGCUGUAUGCCUUCUGGCGCUGUUUGCUGUGACACUGGUUACUGCUUCGCCGGCGAGAAGUGCAAUGGUGAUGGCACUUGCAGCCUCGCUGGCUCCGGCAGCGGUGGUGACGAUGAUAGCUCUGGCUCCUGCUAUUCCUUCCAAGAAGAGUGCGGAACUGGCUGCAUGCCUUCUGGCAGCGUCUGCUGCGACAACGGCAAAUACUGCUUGACCGGCCAGACUUGCGUGAGCGAUGGCACCUGCACCUACGGCGACUCCUCCGGUGACUCCUCCGACUCCGACACCUUCACCUUUAGCCUGACGCAGACCUUCGCCACCACCAGCGCUUCCAGCGCCAGCGAUUUCGCACCCGAGAGCACGAGCGAAUCCUCUAGCGAAUCCUCCAGCGAGCCCUCUAUCAGUGACUUGUUUUCCGAGCCCUCGACGACCGACUCUUCCGCCCCUGCCGCGUCCACAUCCGCGGGGCCCCAAUCGGGCGACAACGGCGGCGGCGCUGGCGCUAUCAGCGUUCCCAUCGCCAUGGUCGGCCUCCUGGCUGUCGUUCCUCUUCUGCUAUAAGUGCAUUGUGUGAAUAAGGAAGCUACAAUGUUGGAUGUUUGAGGAGGAUUUCCCAUACAGACUGUUCAAACUAUCAUGAGUACAUCUUCACGGUUUCAAAUACGAGGACCGCUGAUUUCUUGGACACGGCCAAUGGGUGGAGGAACAUAAUUGCCCUGUUUGAGACGGGAUGAAGUCUUUUCGGGCACGCCGAUAUCGAGGCCAGGAGUGCCUUAUCGUUUUACAUAUACCUUUUUCUUCAUAUUCUCAAAUAGACGACUAUUGACAUGACUGAACGGAAA